AUGAUCCUAGAUAAAGUCCCAUUGCCAGACGAUCCCACCUUUCCUGACGCCCCACCCUCCUACGAGAACGUUACAGGCAGCGCAGCCACCGCAGGCGCUCGCGGCCCCUCCGACGCAAAGCAUCCUCAAGGACCCCAACCCGGCCCUUCUACUUUACCCCCUCCUUCCUCGUUCCAAGAGCGCUUACAAUCCGUUGCACGCGCAAAAAGCAAGGAUAAAGGCAAAGGCAGGGCCGCGCCACCCAGCUCCGGUUGGUUUCCAUUCGGUCUGUCACGGUCCGGCAGAGAAGUUCGGGAUACGGUACUCGGACUCGUACGCGGGCUCGUCCAACAACCGUGCGAUGGCGCAACAGCAUCCAUUCUCGACAGCUGCGAGGAAGCCUGCGCCACGCAGGGUCUCUCGUUCUCCGCGUUGUUGCAGGAACCAUCCAUCGAAGAACAUACGCCUAUCUACUGGGCUAUUGUCAAGCGCCCGCGGCGGAGCAACGAUGUCGACGAACCUCAGGACGAUCUCCUCAUAGCGCUCCUCUCCCGCUCUGCUCCCCUCAACAGCGCCACUGUCGCGGAUAUCCGCCUCGCAUGUGCCGUUACGUCCGAUAAUGAUCUGUUCCAGAACCUCAGACGCUCCCCUGGAUUUUGGCCUACCGCCGGUGUAGAUAGACUACUGCUCUCGGGAGACGGUCAAGCAGACAACGUGAUCGUGGAGGACGCAGGGAACGAGCAAGGGGCAUUUGUUGCUCACCUUACAAUUCCGUUGUUUCAACAACGAAUGCGUGUCUCCAGAUUGAUCGAGGUGGAGCUCAUCGCACGAGGCGAGCGAGCUUGGGGAAUGCGAGAUAGGCAAAUCAAGCCAGGUACAUGGCUUGUCUCGGUAGCGCUCCUACCACAUAGCCCGCCUACAUGGCUCGAUUCCAGGUUGGUCAUAGAGGACUACGCCUAUUCACACCCCCGCCCGACAUCACCGGAUACAUCGUCGCCAUCAUCACCGUCCGCCUCUUCACGUUCUGCGCCACUGUCACCGGCACCUUCUGUAUCACGUACGAACAAGCCGAAGGGCAAACCCAAACCAUCCAUAUCUCUCCGGAUCAAGCCAUCGGCCUCGGGCCAGCUGGCUCCGCCAGAGCUGUGCGACCACCACAACUUCCGGAAUGAGGUCAUCGUACCGUUCGACGAAAGCCUCAUGGCCUCCAGUUUGCAAUACGAGUGA